AUGAUGGGCGCUGGCGUAUUUUGCUGGGCAUCAAGAUUCGAAUCCCCAGGCUUCGUAUUUUCGGCUGCAGUUGGCGCGCAACAUGAUGCCGCCCAGAAUCGCAAGGAACAGCGCCUGAUGAACGGCUGGGCCUUAAUAGGUGCUCGGCUCACGCAGAUGCAGCAGAUAGAGGCCAGCUGCUGCGAUUUGUCCGUCACAACGCAGGCGUGCUCCUACGCAGCCGUCACAUCGCGGCUUCAUCCUGGCCCAGCGCCGACUGCACGUCUUCUCUGUGCCACUAGACGCAGGCCCCUCCCCCUCCUUCAUUCAGUAAUGCUCACCAGCCUGCCUGCGCUAUAUCCACCAUGUGCCCGCGCCGGCUCCGCACUGGGUCUCUACAGUGCUUGGUUUGAUUUGAUUUCCAUUGCCUGCCUUAUCUGCGCUCUCGAUAUAUACCGAAUGUCGACGGCGAAUGGCUCGAAAAGAAACAAGUUGCUGCAUUCGGCUUGGGCCAUGGAUGGAAUGCACGCCAGAAAGCUCGUGUACCAAUCCGUAGUAACGAAGAGAGAAACACGGGCCUUGAACAGGGCCAUGGCAAGGCAGCCUUCACCCAAUGGCGGAGCAUUGACUUAUACCUGA